GGCUGAUCGACUAAUUUACAUAUACUUUUUCGAUAAUUUUUUUUUAAUUAACUUUUUCGAUAAUUAAUUUCGCCAAUUUCAAUCGAUUUUGUAAAUCACAACAAAUGUUUAAAAAAAAUAAAGAAAAUAAGAAAAUGAGAAAAGGUGUGGAAUGAAGAUGUGCGGGUAACUCGGAAGUGUACUCAGCUGAACUCACUGGGCCAUAUUCAUUUAUUCAGUGACGGACAGUGUAGUCUCCCACCCUUAAUCAAACUUGCUAUUUCUCUCUGCAAAUCACCCCCAAUCUCACAACCCUAGACCGGAAACAUCCAAUUCGGUGAAGAAAUCAACAAGAGGAUGGGCACUUUGGGAAGAGCUUUCUACGCCGUCGGAUUCUGGGUUAGGGAAACCGGCCAAGCCCUCGAUCGCCUCGGCUCCCGCCUCCAGGGCAACUACCUUUUCCAAGAACAAUUGUCAAGGCAUAGAACACUCAUGAACUUAUUUGACAAAGCCCCCUUGGUUGCUAAGAAUGCCUUUGUGGCCCCUAGUGCAUCACUGACUGGGGAGGUUUAUGUUGGACCAAGCUCCUCCAUUUGGUACGGAUGUGUUGUCAGAGGUGAUGUGAACAGUGUUAGCAUUGGAGCUGGAACCAACAUACAGGAUAACUCUCUUAUUCAUGUAGCUAAAUCUAAUCUUACUGGGAAAGUCUUGCCCAUCCAUAUUGGGGACAAUGUUACUGUUGGGCAUAGUGCUGUCUUGCACAGCUGUACCGUAGAGGAUGAAGCAUUCAUUGGUAUGGGUGCAACAUUGCUUGAUGGGGUGGUUGUUGAGAAACAUGCAAUGGUCGCUGCUGGAGCUCUUGUCAGACAGAAUACAAGAAUACCCUCUGGAGAGAUAUGGGGAGGAAAUCCAGCCAAAUUCCUGAGGAAUCUCACAGAUGAUGAAAUCGCUUUCAUAUCUCAGUCAGCUACCAAUUAUGCAAACCUAGCAGAAGCUCAUGCUGCCGAAAAUGCUAAGGACUUUGACAAAGUAGAGCUUGAAAAGGUACUUCAGAAGAAAUUUUCUGGGCAGGAUGGAGAAUAUGACUUAAAAUCGGGUGUUGUCGGUCAGGCAUAACCAGAACUUCAGAUCAAUAAAGGUUAAAGAGCUUCCUAAUAUGGAACACGUUCCCGCUUUGUUUUUUUUCUUUCUUUUUUUGUUUCCGAUGGAUUCCAAGAAGAUGCCUGAGUAUUGCUUCCAAUAAAUUCUGGGGCCAGGCUGAAGUUUCAGAGGAUCAAUCCUGGUACAAAGUGUUUCUUAUGCACGACCCUCUUCGUCUUCCGCUAAUGAAACACUUAGAUAUUGCUUGUUCUUUUCAUGAUUAUCUGUUUCAACUUUAUUAGUUGCCCUUUCUUUUGAUAUAUGGGGGGAGACAUCAGGUAGAUGAGUUAUCAUGUCUGAGAAUAUGAUAUUGGGUUACAAGAAAAAUCAUACAUGGCACGAGUAGCCUAUGAAAUUGGUGUAUUCUUUUAGCAAUAAUGGGAGGCAUCAUUCCAUUGUUUUUUGCUGAAA